ACUCACCACCACCUCUUGGCAGCAUUCACCUUCUGCCCCUCAGAAAUGCGUCAUGCUGUGCGCCUCUUGUGCUCUGUGCUGUAAAUGGCGCAACCUCACCUUAUCCAGCCAUGACUGCAAGUACUGCAAUAGAAUCCCCACCGAUCUAUUCGAUUCAUCCCAUCAAGGCCUAAGGUCGCGUGAUCGGAGCCAGGGGCUCCUCGACUCGGCGCGGUACGAACAUAAGAUAGUUUCUCGCGGAAUGGGCACUCUUAUGGCGGCGCAGGCGGGCAUUAUCCCCAGCGACAAUUCCGCGGAGCACAGCUCGAAGCUCGAGUAUGCGUCGCCGGAUUAUAAACCUCCAGCAGACCGGCGGUCGCGCCGCAGAAGCUUCAACGAGCCUUCCUUCGAAUCCUGGCGAAUCAGCCGCCCGCUUUCCGACUCUGCCGCGGGUCCCGCCGACCCCGCCGCUUCCGCCUCGCCCCCUCCCGCUGCUUCGGGGCUGUCAUCUCCUGUCGCCGUUCCUCCCGCGAGCAACACUAGUCGUGGUUACCCUAUUGAGACCGACGUAGCCUUCCCAGCCUCCCCGUCGUCUCCCGUAGGUUCCCCGCAAUUCCGCUCCUUCCUCUCCUGCACCUCCCCCCGUCUACUCGCCCGCCAUAAUCCACUCCACGUAGCCCGUCCCCCGAGCAGCGACGGCUUUAACGACGCGUCGCGACCUUCUAAUAAGAGCGUCGACUCGGCCGCUGCGGACCCUCAGUCUCCCGCAUUCGGCGCGUACUUACUAAGUAGUCGUUCUCCUAGACAAAGUCUGUCUCCCAGCCCCCCUCCCUCCUGCCUCUCCUCCCCGUCUUACCACUGCGUUUUCCCCUCGCCGCCUCUUAGCCCAUCUCUUGAACAGUGCCCUAGCCCGUUCACCGGCGCCCCGAGGAGUCCGCAUGGGCGAACAAUUAGAUCUCUCGGGAGCUCGCCACGUGGCACUUCAGCGGUGACUGCCUGUCGCUGGCCCUCGCCGUCCACUAACUCCGCUUCCGCCGCCGCCGGCGUUUCUUCCACGUCCGCCGCGCGCAGUCGGCGCUCCACGCGCCACCUCCCGCCGCUCGCGCAAGACUCCCCCUCCGCCUCGUCCCUCGCCGCCGCCACCGCGGCAGCGGCAUUGGCGCAAGCGCGGCGGCUGAAGCGCGCAUCGUCGUCGUCCUCUGGGCUCGAGGGGAAGGGCGGCUUCUCUUUCCAUCAUUCCGCCGCCCCCUCUCCCCCCAUCGCAGGCCCGCCCGCACCGCCUAGCGCCACUCUCCGCUUGCACCGCCGGCACGGCUCGGCAUCAUCAUCUGGCUCGGGUUUGCCGAAUCUGAAGCCGCAGUUCGCCGAACCGGCUUGCACUGCUACCGUGGAUUGCGCGGGUGCGACCUCCCCCACCCCGUCCUCCUCGAGUGGACAUUCCCCCCGCUCCGCGCUCUCCGCCUCAUCUGGCGCAGAGCCAGUCCCCGCGCGCCGCAGCAGCAGCAGCGGCAGCAGCAGUGGCGGCAGUAACAGCCGCAACAGCAGCAGCGGCAGCGCGAGGCGCGCUUUUGAGCCGUUGGAUCAAGCGAGCUCGCCGCCCGGCGCUGUCCCCAGCUACCGCUCCCCUUCUCUCGCCGAGGCGCCUCAGGACCAGACUCCCGCUCCCGCAAGUGGCGGCUUUUUGGGGCUCCCCGUCGAUCGCCGCAGCGACGUGACGACGAGGGUCGCGCGAGACGCGGAGCCGUUAGUGGCAGGAGGAGUAGGAGAGGUGGCGGAGCGCAAUGCGAGAGAAGCGCGGUAUUCGUCCGCCAGAAUCGCGCUGAACGAACCCGCCAGCCAGGGCGGAGGCGGGGCGGGGAAGAACCGGUUUCUGGGCGGUCCGCGCAAGUCGCGCACGUUCGACGCGCUGCCGCGGGGCGCGUCGGGGGAAGAGAGGUCCACAAGCGGCGGGGCAUUCGGAACGGCGGGCACGACAGAGCAGGGGAGCCGCGUGCGGGAUGUAAAAUAUUCUCAUAAGGCCAUGGCUGGUGUCGUCCAGGGGGGUUCGAAAGGAGCGAACGGGUUUGGAGGGGUAAAGGGGCGGGGAGGCGCGGAGGGAGAGGGACGACUUGGUGUUGGGGGCUUGGCGGCGGAGCGGAACGGGCUGCAAGCGCGCCGAGCAGGGCUGUCGGCGAGGCGGGGAAGCGCGGGUCUAGCAGUGCAGGUCGAGGGGCUUCUAGACGGGUGCGGGGCGGCACUGGCUGGCAGGCGGCUGGAAUGCUGGGAGCGGGAUGCGGAGUCCACUCAAAGGCAGCAGGCGGCGGACCGCGACCGCGAGCGGCUGAGGCGGCUGCUCAAGUCGGUGAGCGGCCGCCACCUGGACCUCCCGCCGUCCCUCGCGUCGCCCGCGCUCCUCACGCCGCGCGAGCGGCGGCAGCUGCUCAAAAGCGGCAGCGGCCGGUGGGGGGGGCGCCGGCAGGACAGCAACCGCAGUCCCAGCCCCAGCCAGGGGGGCAGCCAGAGGGGGAGUGGCAGCGGCAGCGGCAGCGGCAGUCAGGGCGAGGGGGAAGGGGAGGGGGAGGAUGCGGACGCGGACGACGAGCGCAGCAGGGAGAUGCCCCUGCUCGACUCCCCCACCGCCUUCCGCCCGUCCGCGCGCUCGCCUGCUCACUCCCCCAGUGCCUCUCGCCGCCCCUCCGCCGGAUCCUCCCCCCUCCAAUCCGGAGGCUCCUCCCCCCAUCCCUCCGCCGGUUCCCUGAACGCCUUCGCCUCUAGCCGCUCUGCUGGCGCGGCGGCAGCAGCCCAGCCGCUUACCCCCUGGCUGUUCGCCAAGUCCGAGUCUGCUACAGCAGCUGAGGCGCCUAAAAUAGCGGCCCAUGCGCUUAGUCCCUGGCUGCUCGCUAAGUCCAAGUCUGACACGGCAGCCCAGCCUGCUGUCGCUGCUGCCUGUGCCGCCACCCAUGCCGCCGCCAUGGGGUUGCAUCUCCCCUACCCAGCGCCCCUCCCCCCCGCGCUCCUCUCCCCCACAGCGCACCGGCAGGCUCUCGGGUCGUCAUUGGCGUUCCUCGACGCCCUCGACAGCCCGCCGGCUGCCGCGUCAGCCUGUGGGGACGGCAACAGCUGCAGCAGCAGCAGCAGCAGCAGGGAGGGGCGUGGGGCGACUGCUGGCAUUCACCAUGGUGCGCUGGGUGAUGCGGAUGGCCGGAGGACCAGUCAGGUGGUUCGUCAGGUGGUUCGUCAGGUGGGUAGGCGCGUGGGCGGCAGCAUGACGGACAUGUAUGUGCACAUGGAGAGUGUGGGUGUGGCGCCAGAGAGGGAGGUGCGGGAGCAGCAGCCACUGCAGGGGCUGAGGCAGCAGCAAUGGCAGCAGCAAUGGCAGCAGGCAGGGCAGCAGGCAGGGCAGCAGGCAGGGCAGCAGCACCCGUGGGUGGGAGAUGUUGCCCAUGCCUUGGCGUGUGCUCGUGAGCUAGACGCCACGUCAGCGCACCGGCGAAGAUCCGUGGGAGGUGCAGCAGAUGCGGAGAGUUGGGGCAGGGGACACGAAGCUUAUAAGGAGGACGACUAUGGGGAGCGAGGUCACUACCAGGAGCAGGGAGCGUUGCAUGAGAGCAUGGGUUGGGGCAGGGGCGGUCACCGACAGGGCUGGCGUGAGCUCAUGCGGUGGUGCAGCAGCAGCGGCGCCGGCGCUGGCAUUGUUGGUGGUAAUGGCAGUAACAGUCGGACGCAGAUGGCAGCACUGCUCUCCUCCUGUCACCUGCUGCGGCACUCCCUGGCCUCUGCCUCCUCUGCCUCCACCCUCCAUGCCUUCGCUGCUGCCGUCGCACAUGCCGAUGCCGAUGCCGUUGCCGAGGCUGAUGAUGCUGCUGACGCUGCUGGUGGCGGCAGGGACCCUGGUGACACACGGUGGGGAAAUGCUGCGGCUGCUAUACCGACCGUGGGGUCAUCGUCCGGCCCGCUCCCUCGCACUGCCCUUGCCCAAUCUAGUAAGUACUGCAGCCAGGGCAGCAGCAGGGGCAGCAGGGCAAGCAGGGACAGCAGGGACAGCAGGAGCACGAGGGGCAGUGGCAGGAUCAGGUCGAGCUCCAGCAUGAGUCCGCUGGACUUCGUUUCGGGGCGGCGGGAGGAGCUGGAGGUAGGAGGAAAGGGCUUUGCUCGCCUGGGCUCGGGCGUUGCGUUCUCACCUCGUAGAAAUGAGGGCGGUAGGAGCCGGGGGACGGGGGGAUUCGAGGAGGAGGAAGAGGAGCAGGGGGAAGGCGGAGAGGAGGGGCGGUGGGAGAGCGAUGGGGCAGGGCUGGGGAGUCCGGGAAGUAGCACUGCGGAGGAAGAGUGGCACGCGUGGAAGGCCAGGGGGGUGGCUGCUGCUGCUGCUGGGGGUGCUGAUGCUGGUGCUGCUACUGGUGCUGGUACUCAUGGUGUUGGUGGUGACAGUGGUGAUGGUGACAGUGCUGGCGGUGGUGGGGGGAAAGGGGAUGAGGGGUUCAGGCAGUACGUGCUGGGCAUGCCGUACGAGGGCCUGCAGGGGCGGUACCAUGUGGUGCGGGGGCGCAUAGGCGAGGGCAUGUUCGGCCGUAUCCGCACGUGCGUGGAGCUCAGCACGCGGCGGUCGUUCGCGUGCAAGUCAAUAGCCAAGAAGAACUUCCAGUGCGCGGAGGACGCGGCGGACGUGCGGCAGGAGGUGGUGAUGCUGAACAUGCUCAAGGGCCACGCGCACAUCGUAGGACUGAAGGAGGCGCUGGAAGACGCCAAGUCCAUCCACCUCAUCAUGGAACUGUGUCUGGGCGGCGACCUCUUCGACGCAGUGAAGGCGCGCAAGCACCUCCCGGAGCCGUUAGCGGCGCGGCUGCUGCAGCAGCUGGUGGCGGCACUGCUGCACUGCCACGCCACCGGCAUCGUGCACCGCGACGUCAAGCCCGAGAACAUCCUGCUGGUCUCUUCUGGGGCGGCUGAUAUGGCCACUGGAGGGAGAGGUGGGGGAGAUGGGGGAGGCGGGAACGGCACGUGCAAGCACACAGCAGGCACAACCGAAUACAUGGCCCCUGAGGUCCUUUCCUGCGGGCGCUACAACACCCAAGUGGACGUGUGGAGCGCGGGGGUGGUGCUCUUCAUCAUGCUCUCGGGCGUGCUGCCCUUCUGGGCGUCGCACAGCGAGGGCCGCACCAUAGAGGACGCCGUGCUGCACCAGCCGCUGCGCUUCGGGUACUUCCGCUGGGCGGCGGUGUCGGGGGAGGCCAAGGACCUGGUGGGGAGGAUGCUCACGAGGGACCCAGAGAAGCGAAUCUCGGCCCUGCAAGUGCUGGAGCAUCCGUGGAUUCGACAGCACUGCUCCAAGUGACAGACGCUGACUGCUACAGAGUUCAGGACUUAGCUGCAUUUCUUGAAGCACACAAUAGUCUGCCUGCUUUGGCUACACUUUUGAGGCUUUUCGCAUUGCGAUAUAUAGUAGAGCUUUGUUACCUACAUGUAACCUGUUUUGCCAUAAAUUGAUUUGUAUUUA